AUGGCGUUACAAAGACUCGCGGCGCGGAGAGGCACACCGCAGGUGGUCUACAGCGACAAUGGGACGAAUUUCCGGGGCGCGGAUAAGGAGCUGAAAGACGCGACCGCGAGUAUGGACCGAGCUAAGAUCGAGGAAUACGCAUUGUCGAAACGCGUGAAAUGGGUUUUCAAUCCCCCCGACGCGCCGCACAUGGGUGGGGCGUGGGAACGGUUGAUUAGGUCGGUAAAAACCGCGUUGAACGUGAUAUUAAGGGAACAAGCACCCUCGAAAGAGGUUCUUUCUACUCUCUUUGCCGAAGCCGAACAUUCGGUAAACUCUCGACCGCUCACGCACGUGUCGUUAGACCCUUGCGAUAAAGAGGCACUGACGCCAAAUCAUUUCCUGAUAGGAUCGUCCUCGGGUGAGAUUCAGCUAGGUAGAUAUGACCUCCAAAAUGUAUGUUUGCGAAGACAGUGGCGAACGGCGCAGAGUUUCGCGGAGGCGUUUUGGAAACGAUGGUUGCGCGAAUAUUUAGCCACGCUCGUACUGUGUAAGAAAUGGACCGAGAAGGAAAGGCCCUUAGAAGUAGGCGAUAUAGUGUUGAUCGUAGAUUUACAAGCACCGCGAAAUAGUUGGCGAAAAGGGACAGUUAUACGAGUAUUCGAGGAAAGUGGCCAUUUUGGCGUAGAGCGUGUACAGGAGAUAAGCGUGACGGAAGCGAGUGGAGAAAAUAAAGAAAGUGACAAGUGCGAAGGAACUGAGGACGAUAAAGUCGAAACGACGGACGCUAAUAGCGAUAAGGUAGUAGUAGUUAUAAAAGAAAAUAUAGAAAAUAAACGUAGAAUAGCAGUAGUAGAUAAGAACGGCAACAAGUGCGUAGUUAGCAAUCAACACGUGGGUAAGAACAGUGUGCAGGUACCGGGUAAAGGUAAAGACGAUGAAGAAAUAGGUAGUGAUACGCAAAAGAAAAAGGGAAAAGAGGAUAAUAUAGAAUUAUAUGAGGAGGAUAUUACGUAUGAAGAAUACGUAGUAUGCUGUGCAUUGAAGACAGUGGGGAGAAAUAGAACCAAAAGAAAUAAUUUAAUAAAAAUUUAUAGACUUGUUCAGGGGGUGGGUGUGAAUAUAAAAUCAAUUCGUAUGACUGGUUUUAGCAGAGCGGAGGUGACCACUAGAAGCAGGAAGGAGGCGAACGAACUGCUGAAAAGAUACGGUAGUAAGGAGGAGAAGAUCGCCGCUUUUUUACCUAGGAGGAUGAAAUACAGACGCGGGAUAAUCUUCGAGUGA